CUUCGUCGCGUUUGUCAGAGAGCUGUUUUCCAACGCAAAUCAUUGUAUUUUGCAAACGUUUUCUCUGCCGUAAACGGGUGCCGGAACGUUUCCCGUGCCGUGCCUACGUUGGCCAUUCGCGGAAAAGUGCACGCGACGUGUCGCCCUGGAAACGCUACCCCCUUCGUACGGGGAAACGCAUCGGAAAACGCGUUGCAUGUCGCGGGUGGUUCGCCUUGUGCAAGUGGUACCUACAAAACAGGUCGAUUUUAAGGAUAAUCCGAGGUGGGAUCAGUGAACAUCCACGGUGAAUCGGUGGUUCUGUGUGGUUUUUCUGCCCCGAAUCGCGAGGUGCGCGACGACGCUCCAGAUCCGGUUUCCGGGAGAUGGCAGAAAUGUUUGUUACCGCGUAGUGUGCGGUGGCGGAGCAGCAACCACACAAGAAGAGCAAGGGAAAGUGUAAGAAGUGGCACACAAACAUACAACACGUUCUUCCAGCAGAACCAUGAUAGCUGCUGCAUUGCACGCCUUCUACCGCUAGGUGCAAUCGGGAGUGGAGGAAAAGUUUGAUGAAAAUCUGUGUCGGUGCAUCGCUGGUGGCGGUGCGUGCGUGAGUGCGUGCGUACAUGCGUGCAGGAGUCGGCGUUCUUCGCGGUGUAAUAAGGCGCCACCGUCCGCAGUGUGGGACGCGAUAUGGCGCGUUGGAAGCCCGAUUUUAAACAAUCGUGAGGGCGUGUGGUGUUCAGGAUGCGGUUUUCCCGUGGCGAAUGCGGGUGCGGUGUGGAUUGUGUGUUUGAAUUAAAGUAGAUAAAACGGAGACGGUCUGUUGAAUAGAGACGUGAAAAUACAAUUCGUGCGUGCUGUGCAAGUGUUCCUCCCAGAAUCUGGUGGGAUCUUUCAGCGGCAACCCUCCAGAUAUUUCACAAAACCCCUUUAACGACCCCCAGAAUUCGCAUUCCACAGCGCAGCGGAAGGUUCCCAGUUUUUUGUUUCAUUUCCGGCUGCGGCCAAAACACUGCGCGCACUGAUUUCGUUCAGUGGAUGGGCAAAGGGUCAACUUUAAUCCACGGACCAGAAUGAAGGAGAUGGUCGGUGGAUGUUGUGUCUGUUCAGACGAUCGCGGCUGGUCGGAAAAUCCGCUAGUGUACUGCGAUGGUCAAAGUUGCGCCGUGGCGGUGCAUCAGGCGUGCUACGGAAUAGUGACGGUCCCGAGCGGUCCCUGGUACUGCCGGAAGUGUGAGAGUCAGGAGCGGUCGGCCCGGGUCCGCUGCGAACUAUGCCCCUCGCGGGACGGUGCCCUCAAGCGCACGGACAAUCAGGGAUGGGCGCACGUCGUGUGCGCCCUGUACAUUCCCGAGGUGCGCUUCGGGAACGUGACGACGAUGGAACCGAUCAUUUUGCAGUUGAUACCCCAGGAGCGGUACAACAAGACAUGCUACAUUUGUCAAGAGGCGGGAAAAGGUUCGCGCGCCACAGUAGGCGCUUGUAUGCAGUGUAACAAAUCAGGUUGCAAGCAGCAGUUUCAUGUAACUUGCGCCCAACAGCUUGGCCUGCUUUGCGAAGAAGCCGGCAACUACUUAGACAACGUCAAGUACUGCGGCUACUGUCAGCAUCACUACAGCAAGUUGAAAAAGGGCGGCAACGUGAAAACGAUCCCUCCGUACAAACCCAUCAGCCAUGAGGCAAACUCAAGCGAUGGGCCUUCUUCGCCCGAAAAGGAAAUGGAACCUCCGCCUGCGCAGCAGCACAGUGGGAGUGGUGGAGGAGCGUCUGGCGGCAGUGGAACUAGUGGAGGUGGUGGCGGGAGUGGCAGCAGUAGCGGUACCGGUGGGCUUAAAUCGACCAGCCGGCUUUCCGGUGAGCCGACCAUCGGAGGUUCGUCGUCGACCUCGUCUUCCUCGUCGUCCUCCUCCAAGCAGCGCAAAUCCUCGAGCGCUUCGAAGAGUUCAAGUGGUGGUUCCAGCUCCAACACUUCGUCCUCAUCGUCCUCUGCGUCUUCCUCGGUGUUGGCAUCCUCGGGGGGUGCAUCGGGGAGCGGCGCAGCGAUGGCGGGCGGAUCUUCCUCCAUGUUGUCCUCAUCGUCGUCGUCAUCGUCUUCGGGCAUCUCGAGUUUGUCUGGAAGUGGUAGUGGAAGCGGUGGUACCGGCAGUGGUGGCGGAAUGGGCAGUUCUGGAAUCUCUGGAAGUGUUAGCAGUAGCGGAUCAAGCAAGGGCAGCUCGGGCUCGUCUGGGGGUGCGGGUGGAAGCGGUGGUGGUAGUGGUAGCUCCAAGGAGAAGGAUAAAUAUAGCAAAAGUCGAGAUAAAAGCUCCAAAUCGUCGAAAUCCUCCAGUAGUAGUAGCAGUGCUAACAAUAAUAGCAGCAAUAGCGGGGGAGGAAGUUUCAACAGCAGUACAAGUUCCGGUAGUGGCAGUAGUAGCCUUAUCGGUGGAAGCACCAGCCAAUCUUCGAAGGACGUUGAAAUGGGCUCUGCACUCGGUACGGGGUCGACCGCGAUGGGAGCGCUUGGAUCAUCGUCCUCCGCGCAGGGCUAUUCAUCAUCAUCCCUCGGCACUUCCGGCAGUGGCAAGCAUCACUCAGACAAGUCGGACAAAGCAGGAAGCGGAAGCAAUCAGGGUGGAUCACUGGCGGCACUUUCUGGAACAGCGGGCACAUCACGUGCGGCGUCACUUUCGCCGGCCGCUAUUCCAACCACCCUGAUCAUCAAACCACCGCUGGAUCAUUCAACGGGCGGAGGCAAGGAACAACUAUCAAAGGAAGCGAUUGCGAAGAUGAGCACUUCCAGCAACUUCACCGAAACGAUCGUGGUCAACUCGGACUCGGUGUACAGCCACGGUGGGAGCGGUGGCUCGACAGGGGGCCUCGGAUCGACGUCUGUGAUCGAGAGUGGUGGAAAAAUGUCCAUGGGCCAACAGGGUGCCGGAUCUAUUGCCGGUUCGUACGGCAGCGGUUCGUCUGGCAACUCCGGUGGUGGAUCUACGAGCGGCAGUGGUGGGGGUAAGAAGCGAAAAGCGGACGCCCGUUCGACACCAACAUCCGCUGUCGUGUCCAACGAUAUGGAUAUCAACCGUGACCUGAUUAAGGACGUCGCCGUUUCGAUCGUGCCAUUAUCACUGAGCAAAAACGAUCACAUCGAUUCUUCGUCAAUCGGAGGAGGACACGAAAAGGGUGUGAAAAAGGCCAAAACCGACACCAGCUCCCCGCUGCACCAUCCGUCGGCGCCGGCCGCAGUGACGUCGGCGGCGGCAGGAGCGCCGGCAUUGAUGCCGGAACCGAAUCUGCAGAAUGUCAGUCCGAACCUGAUACAACAGUCGUCACAUGCAUCGAGCAUUAUUUCGUCGUCCUCGUCGGCUUCCUCAACGUCCGCCAGCUCGUCGGCUUCCGCUGGCAAACAACAUCAGCAACAACACACCACACCACACUCACCUCAGCAGUCCGCAGCACCGCAGCCUCCGCCGCACACGCCGAGUCUGGUGGUGUCCGUUCCCCUGUCGACGGCUACCGUACCUGGAGUUAACCUACCCGCUAGUAACAGUAGUAACAGUGGUAAUAGCAGCAACAGCGGCAGCAUAAGCUCCGCCAACAGUAGUAGCAACGUAAACCAUAGCGCUAGUCUUAGCACCGGUGGCAACAACAGCAGUGGUAAUAGCAGUAGCAAUAGCAGCACGCCGAACAUCAUAGCACCUGGUCAGCUGGGAGGGACCAGCGUCAACAGUGGUGUUGGGAAUGCGGGCACCGGUUUGUAUCAACAGAUUUCGCAUCGAGCGGGUGAUCAGUUGAUGAAUGCCAGCACGAACCGGUCUAGUCCCGUGAUCCAACAUCAAUCGAUACAGGGCUUGACGCAGAACAUCAUCCAAACCUCCACGUCCUCGAUUGCCUCGACGUCGUCGUCGUCGUCCACCUCCGCCUCAUCGAGCACGAUCACACACCACCAUCAUCUCGAUCAACGGCAGUCGCCCUCGAUGCGAGCCUCCCCUGCGACGGCCACCGGAGGCAAUGUCAUAACGUCCGUGGGCCAUCACGGUCAGGAGCACGGGCUGUUGCUGUCCGCCGCCACCGGACCGCCCGGAACGGUGCUCCAGAGUAUCUCACCCGUGCCGAUGAGCGCUAUCCAGAGUGCCACCUCUUCACCAUCGCCCAUCAUCGGCGGAGGAGACAACAGUAACAGCAGUGGUGGUGGUGGUGGUGGGCUCAAGUUUUCCUACGAAAAGCAACCACCGACGACGAACGCCCGGAUAGCGGCCCUACAAGAAGAAGAAUCCUCCUCGGGUGGUGGCAGGAGGUCCAGGUACGGAUCGCAUUCAAGAGAACGAAACAGUGGCAGCGGUGGUGCUGGUGGUGCUGGUGGCGCUGGCAACAAUGGGAAUGUCGCUACCGGGAGUGGUGCCGGUAAAACUCGUACAUCGAAGAAGCGUUCACAACAGCAGCAGCAACAACAACAACAUCAUGAUCGUGGAUCCCCCCUGAACGUGGACAGUUCUGGAAGUCGCAGCCUAACAUCGCCUCCUCCAACUUCCCGCGGUGGCUCAUCUCAGCAACAGUACCAGUAUGGAAGUAACGAGGAUCAUCAUCACUCGCAGUAUCCAGGUUCGGGAGGUAGCAACGCACCGGCGGGUGGUGGAAACAAUGCUAGUAACAAUGGGAGCGUACUUUCGAUGGCCGCAGGGACCGGAUCCGCGAUUGCAUCCGUUGUCGUUGGCCAUCAAUCGGCAAUGGGAUCAGGAGGAUCUCAUGGGCCCACCGCCUCACUUCCCUACAACUCGGGUGGCUCGCACUCUACCGCCCAGUCACAGUCUCAGAGUUCAUCCGCCGCAAACGCUAGUAGCCAUGCUUCCACCUCGACUUCCAGCUCCACUGUAGCUUCUUCCAACGCUUCACUGUCCUCUUCUGCUAACACAAACUCCUCCGUCACUGCUUCCGCGCGAGCUUCGGAUGUCGGAGUCCCGUCGUCCGGUGGCGCACAUGUCAUCGAAAUGGCCGGAUCAGGGAACUAUCACGCAGGUGGUGGUGGUGGAUCUAUCAUAACCGGAUACGCACCACCACCGAACAAAUCCUCCAACAGCACGGGCGGCAGAGGUGUAGAUGGCUUCCAGCACCAUCACCCAUAUCAGGGCCAGAGUGGCGGUUCCAGCGUUCUCACCACCAGUAGUAGCGAACAGGUCAACAAUACCGGUGGCGUCAGCAACAGUGCCAACAGUAGUAAUGCUAUUAGCAAUAGUAAUAAUAACAACAGCAUCCUCAGUAGCAAUAAUAACACCAUCAACACCACCAGUAGUAGUACUAACCAUAGUGGAAGUGGCGGCGCUAAAGCUUCCAACCACAACCAGCCCGCCGCUGGAAGCACAAACCCUGGCUCUACAGCUGGCGCCAGCUCGGGUAGCAGCAACAGCAACCUUAACCAGUCUAACAAUAAUAGUAGUACCAUCGUAUCGACGGUUACCCACACGAACAAAAAGCACCGUGCGUCGUCCUCGCACCAUCAAACAAUCGUUGAACUUUCGCCAUCGCCGUCUACUUCCAGAACGCCCGAAAUGACCGCACUAGCGACGGCCGGCGGGGCGUACGGCGUCACUUCCUCCCUCUACGGUGGAGGCUCUUCGGGAGGUGGCGGAGGUGGGUUGAAGUUUUCGUACGAAGCGCAACCUACGAACCCGAUAGCGUCGUCGGCGGCCGCCUCCAUGAGCAACAGCAUCAACAACACCAUCAACUCGGUCAUAGCUGCCCCGCAGGUGAAAGACUCUCCGCCGAGUUCUCCCGGAUCGGAUGGCGGACCAACGGUUGGUGCCCUCGGUGGCCGAGGAACGAAACGUAAUCGGAAAAUGUCGUCCAAUACGGCCACCGUUUCGUCGGUGGCAUCAGCGGCGGCAGCAGCAGCGGCGGCGGCGGCAUCGUCGUCGUCGGUGAAUGUUUCAAAUAUUGGAACGGCAUCGAUUGUUCCGGCAUCGGUUGUGGCCUCGGCUGGUGGUGGAUCGAUGGUCAGUGACGCGAAGGAAGGCAAACUGUUUCAGAACGGCGGCGGAGCAGCCAGCGCCGCCGGAGGUAACAUCGUUUCGGCAACGCAUAUGUUGGGUAAUCAGCUGAACACGAGCAGUAGCGUUGCGCAAAAGAUGUCCGAUCAGUUGAGCAUGGAAAUCGAAGCGCACACCUACGUUCCGGGACCGAUGGAACCCGGACCGCCGUUGAUGGGACCACAGUUUCCGGGAAAGAAUCGCACUAACAACCCCCAACCUGUGCCAUCCGGUGGUGGCGGUGGUGCAUCCCUUAGCUCGAUGCUGACGGGAGGCGCUACUGCGACGGCGAACGGCAACACACCGCAGAGCUUGGAGCAGCUCCUGGAGCGUCAAUGGGAACAAGGAUCUCAGUUUCUUAUGGAACAAGCGCAGCACUUCGACAUUGCCUCCCUGCUGUCCUGUCUCCAUCAGCUGCGGAGUGAAAAUGUCCGACUGGAAGAGCACGUCAACAAUCUGGUUGCCCGGCGGGAUCAUCUGCUGGCAGUGAACGCACGGUUAGCGAUUCCGCUCAAUCCAACGGCGGCCCUCGGCGGAGUCGGAAUUAUCGGAGCGGCAAGUGGCGGAUCUGGAGGCGGCAGCGCCGGUGGUGGCAGUGGAGGAGGAGUAGCAGCUAUCGGUGCUAGUGGUGGCCCUCCGUCUCAAGGACAGUUCAACAGCGUGCACGGUAACGGACCAAUAGAUGUCACCGUGGCCAACGUAUCAUCGAUCUCUGGCCGCUCUGGUCGUGGUCGUGCUGAUCAAAAUCAACCACCAUCCUCCCAACAACAGCAGCAGCAAGGGGCCGGCCAUUACGGACCCGGGGCCGGCAACAACCCUGGCGGUGGAGUACCGUUAGAGAAUGGUAUCGAUUUUCGGCACACCAACUCGUCCCACUCUGCCACCAACAGUGCUUCGAUAAGGCGCCACUCUCCUCCUUCAACCCAACCCCCGUACCCGGCACCUGCGGCAGCUCCGGGUAGUGGAGCUUCCAGGGCGGUACCAUCGGGAACUUCCGUUACGGCCGGUUCUAGCGAACCACCCCUACCGGCGGCGUCGUCGUCAGGAUCGGUACGAACCAACACGGCGAUGCGCUCAUCGUCGGGGACGUCGGGUAGUCUAUCCAUCACUUCCAACAGUAGUAGCACUUCCAGCAACAGUAAUAGUGGUGGGGACCGCAAUAGCACCGCAAUCGUUGGUUCAUCUACUGCCGGAAACGGACCCGCCGGAUCGAACCCGAUGGCACCGGGAAGCUCCAACAGUUCCGGUGCUUCCGGUGGGGCUUACACCGGGGCAUCUCGCGAGCAACAACAACAGCAGCAGCAGACGAUUUACAACACCGCACACCAGCCUACACACCAAUUACGCCGUGACGCCGAUAUACCCCUCUUGCUAGAGCACCAUCAGCAGGAACAUCAUUUGCAUCAUCAUCAUCAUCCUCAUCAUCUUCUACAUCCGCAAGUGGCAGCGGCACCUCCACCACCACCACAGCAGCAGGGAGGCGGCAAUCAUUCGCACCAGAACAACCAUCAUCCAGGGCAGGGGGUGUCCGGAGCGGGUCCACCGAAUCACCAUCCGACCAUAAGCAGCACCACCACCACCAUCAACAGCAACAAUGUUCUGCAUCAUCAUCAACAAUCGCAACAACAUCUGAUGUCGCACGCCGCCCAUCCCCAUCAUAUGGCCGGCAGCUUGAACAGGGCGAUUGUUCAACCUUCGGGUCGUCCAGUGGCACGACCGGGCGCUGCUACAAACCACCACCAUCUGGCCCACCAUCUUCCAUCGCAUGGGAACCAUCUGCAGCACCACGGGACAACACCGCCACUGAUGGGCGCAAGCGGAACUAUGCCACCGCAUUCGACGGUCGGCCACCACGGCGGGCCACUGAACUCGAUCGAGAGCACGAACUCCCGGGGACCCACAACCCCACCACCGCCGCUACCGCCAGUCGUUAGCUUUAUCGAUCGGUUUGUUCAGCAGUCCUCUUCCGGGCCAUCGACCAUCGAGCACCGCCAUCGGAAUGGCACCGGUCAGAAGUACAAAGAUUUCUCGAUCGAUCGGAUCCUUGGGGCGGGUGGUCGAGGCAUACAACUACCGAUCCAGCCCCCCGCUAGAAGGCUCCCGUCGUGGAGCAGAACAGAUCCUUUCUCCUCGCUAACGCAGUAUCGCAAUGCGAUUAAUCCGACGGACACGAGCACGAGUGAUGAGGAUGACGAUGAUGAUGAUGCUGAUGACGAUGAUGACGACGAGUACGAUAACGAUGGUGAUGAUGAGUCGGACGAAACGGACGGAAGUGGUAACGGGGGUUAG